AUGGCUACUUCCUUAAAACAGGCUGUCCAUAACUUGCAUAAAAACCUCGAGUGUCCUGUCUGCCUGAGCUUAUUCAAGGAACCCAAGAUCCUGACCUGCUCCCAUACCUUCUGCAAGGGUUGUCUUGAGAAGCUCCUGGAGUCUCAUCGAAAGCUGUUGUGUCCUACGUGCAGGGAGGAGACUUCGGUUCCUGGUGGAGACUUGAGUAGACUGCAUUCAAACAUAACAGUCAGAUCACUUGUUGAAGAUGUGGAGACCCAGGGCCAGGUCUGUACCAACAGUAAUCAAGAAAACGCAUCGUUGCAAAUAAAAUGGAACAAAUGUCGAAAACAUCCUUACUACGAUGAAGAAUGCUUUUGUCUCAACUGUAACACGUAUGUCUGCUGCAAGUGUGGCUUAUUAGAGCAUGCAAAUAAUGCUCACACUAUCCUGGAAGCAGGCGAACAUGAAACGGAGCAAAAGAAUCACGUCGAGAAACUUGCAUCUAAAGCCGAUGCAAAGAUACGCAACGUUGAAAAGCAUUAUACUUUCGUUGAAGACCAGCGUAAAAGGGUGCAUAACGUACAGGAACGGCUCAAUGAUGAAAUAGAUGCGUCUUUUGAGGAAUCAGUUGAGAAAUUGAAGGAAAGAAAGACGGUAUUGAAACAUGAAGUUGGGCACAAGCUAGGGAAACUUAAGACUUCAUUGGGAUACGUGGAGAAGUCGGUUCGUAAGCAGACAGACCAAAUUAAAAUGGUUAGGGACUUGGUUAAGAAUGGUCUUAAUUUUCCUCUCCAGAAAGAGGCUCUGACCUCACAUAAAGCGAUGUGUCAACAGCUGGAAGAGCUCCUAAACCAGGUUGGGCCAGAUGAGGAGCUGCCCAGAAGAACUGCUGAGGAAGGUGAAAGAAUUGGCUUCAGGAGUCACGGUUUGGUUGGACUCCGGUUGGGUCAACUAACAAAUAAGAAGUCUAAAUAG